UGAUGCAGAAGCAUCGUCUGCUGUGCAGCCUCCUCUUGGCCCUGGUAAUGCUGAGCGGCAUCCCGGCUCAUGUGGGAGCUCGUGACCCUACUGAGUGCAUUUGUGGGGCCCAAGCUCCCGGGGACGUUGUGAUAGGUAUAAUGUUGCCAUGUCAUCAAAAAGUGCAGGCUCUUCGUGAACGGAUUAGACCUGACAGCUUCCACUGCUCAGAUUUUGAUCUGGCAUCCUUUUUGAAAUCCUUGUCUGCAAUCCACGAAAUUGAGGAGAUAAAUAGAGCUGGCUUCCUCCCGGGAGUGCGUCUUGGAUAUUUGAUGUGUGACACAUGCUCAUAUGCAAGCAAAGCUUUGCAGAAUGUGGGGCAUAUGCUCGCAGUCAACAGUUCUCUCGAAAUGCAGUGCGACUAUACUGACUUCAGGCCCAGAGUCAAGAUUAUUUUAGGAGCAUUGUACUCGGAGGUGUCCAUCGCUGUGGCCAGACUGCUGAAUGUGUACAUGGUUCCUCUACUGAGCAGCACCUCAUCUUCACCAGAACUGAGUGAUAAGCUUCGUUACCCAGUUUUUCUACGCACUGUUCCCAGCGAUAAGCACCAGACCAAAGCAGUCGCCACACUGAUGAAUCACUAUGGCUGGGACUGGGUCGGGGUGGUGUAUGGGGAUGACGAAUAUGGAAGAGCAGCUUUCCAGAGCUUCCUCAUAGAUGCUGAGACAAAUAGUGUGUGCUUGGCCUAUCAGGAGGUGUUGCCUAAUUACCUUGAUAAUUCAUACAGCGUGCAACGUAUCCAGCAGGUCGCUGAGCAGAUCCGCUCCUCCAGUGCCCAGGUGGUACUGCUUAUCCUCAAGACACAGCUGGUCGAAGAUCUCUUUAAGGAGAUGAUCAGGACCAACACAUCAAGGACCUGGAUUGCCAGUGAUGGCUGGUCCAGGAGCUUGUCCCUUGCCAAAAUGGAUGGCAUAAACAAGGUUGGGGACAUCUUGGGCUUUAGCUUUGUUGCAGGCAAGGAUAUAUCAUUUGAUACUUAUCUCAAGAAUCUUACUGCAACCCCAGGAGGAUACAACAACUUCAUUGAAGAAUACAAGAACCUGAGAUUCAACUGCACCCCAGAAUGUUACUCCAGCAAGCCCCCUUCCUAUUGUCCCUCAACUGAACUCCUGAAAAUCAAAUCUCCCAACGCAUGCAAGUUCCAGGAUCCCCAAGAACAAAAUGAUGACUACCUUGUGAGCGCUCUGGAUACCAGUGAAGUCUUCUUAAGCAGAGUAGCCGUGUGGGCCGUAGCAAAUGCUCUCAAAAAGCUACUAAACUGCAGCAGUUCCACAUGCUUGGGAGAAAUUAACUUCCCACCAUAUAAGCUUCUUGAGGAACUGAGGAAGGUGAAGUUCGACCUUGACAACCAGACUUUUUACUUUGACGAAAAUGGUGAUUUUGUAAAUGGUUAUGAUCUAAUCAUAUGGAAAAAGGAUGAACUCUGCAGACGAUUUGAAAGGAUUGGGAAAUACGAUGUCCUGACGAAACAAAUAGAACUCUAUCAGGAAAAUUUCACCUGGCUUUCAACAGCCAAUACCACGUCCCCUCAGUCUAGAUGCUCAGAGCACUGCAACCCUGGCUGGGUAAAGAAGAUCUUGAACGUGUCCUGCUGUUACAACUGCACCCAAUGUGUGGAGGGGACCUAUUCAGAUGCCCAGGAUCUUCAUAACUGCAAAGAGUGUCCCAAUGGAACCUGGUCUCUCAAGGGUUGGAAUCAUUGCGAGCCAAGAUUGGAGUCCUACCUGCGAUGGAAUGAUCCUCAUCCCAUCACCAUGAUGGCAGCUGCAGCCUUUGGCAUUCUGCUCUUGUUGGUUACCUUCAUUAUCUUUUUGGUGUACAGAGAUUCCCCACCUAUGAAAAGAGCGGAGGUGAGAUUGUCCUGUGUGAUGAUGGCUGGUCUGGCAGUGAGCUUCGCAAGUGUGAUAUGCUUCAUGGGCAAGCCCAUUGUGCACCUCUGCCGGGCCCGCCAGGUAAUGUACGGGAUGGGCUUCACCCUGUGUGUGUCCUGCAAUCUGGUAAAAGCCUAUCGUACCUUCCUGGCUUUCCUUCCCUUUGGUCAAAUGACAAACAGGCGACUACACGCACUGUACAAGCCACCUGUAAUUGUCAUCAUCAUAACUGCUGUCCAGGGACUCAUCUGUCUUCUGUGGCUGAUUUUUGACUCUCCUUACAUUGAUGACGCACCUCAAUCUCCACAAAGCAUGAAGAGAAUAAUCCAGUGUCGUGAAGGUGCCACAUACAUAGGUUUUGGCAUUAUGUUGAGCUACAUAGCUCUGCUAGCAUUGGUUGGCUUCCUCUUGGCCUUCAAAGGCAGGACAGUUCCUCAGGAGUUCAGUGAAACUGGCUACAUCAUUUUUAGCAUGCUGAUGUACUUGUUUGUGUGGGUGUGUUUUGUUCCAGUCUAUAUCACCAACAAUGAAAACAGUACUCCUGUGCAGGCUUCAGCCAUUCUAGUAUCCAGCUAUGGCAUCAUAUUUUGUCAUUUCUUACCCAAGUGUUACGAAGCACUACGGGGGUCAAAGACCGAUACACUGGAGAUGAUUCUGAGGAGAUGGCGAGCCUUCUCUAGUCCAAAUCGUGAGUCAGACCCUGAGAUAGAUAUAGAUAUCCCCAGAACGAACACACCCUCACAAAUGAUUAUCAGGUCUUCCAUGUCAAGUACGUUUACUAAAUUAAAGAGAUCAGGAGCACUGAGUGAGGACAGUCCUACUGAUUUGUCCAAUGAAAAGAUUUGUGCGUAUCCUCGGGCUAACGGGCUAGGAACAAAAGUGACACGGAGACGUAGGAGUAUGUCCUUCUAAAACUGGUUUCCAGGAGCAUUUGACGUGUACUGUACUGAUAUUUUAUUAUACCCUUAUCCCCGUUAAAAGCCAUCUUUUGUAUUUUUAUAUUGUAUUAUUGUAUUUUAAGUUCAAAUGUGUUUAUGCUGAAAACAGAGUUUUAUUCUCCAACAAACAGAGGACUAAAGAUGACUAAUUUGUAUUACAUGCAACUACAAGUGGUAUUACCGUAAAACUUCAACUUUGAAGCGCUCGUUAAGUCCGAAUGUGUCCGUUCCUUGAUUAUUUAUAUUCCUUUAGUCUGUAAGGGUCCAACCAUCAGUUAUGAAUCCAUCAGUCAUGUGAAGUCCAUCGCUCUCUUUCUGCUAACUUCUCUCAUCCUGCACCUUGUUGUUGUCGUAAUGUUACUUCAAAAUUGGGGCUAGAUCAAAUGAAUGACAUUAUUUGAUCAUUUUUACAUAAGUAUUAUUCUGUUAAAAUAAUAAAUAAACUGUUUCAUAGUAGUUUCAGUUUUGUGCAAAAAGAAUUAAAGGCCUGUCCCAUAUGGACGCCUGUCCCAAAUAAAGGCAGGGUCAAUUCAGUGAUUUUAGCAAAUAAAAGCCCGGGCUAUUAUUCAAAGUUUUACUGUAAAACAAAAAUGCUUUUUAUUGACUUGUUAUUGUGCGCCAUUUUGUGUGCAUUAUAACUGCAGCUUAACUCAGCCUUCUUUGUUUCAAGGUGAUGUGAAGAUGCACAGAAGAAGGUAAAAACUGUUCACUGUGUGAAUGGUCCACAUCACACAAUUAAAGACUAAGCGGGUCUUGCACUAAAACAAUGCAAGGGGCUGUAAUAGUGUUGGACUAUUGCUUCAGGUACUAAAAGCUUAAAGAUGGACUUGUCUUCAUCUCCAUCUUUAAACUUCAUUUACAUUCAGUAUUUCUCACCAAAAUACAUCUUUGAGCUGAACAUGAUGAUACGUUUACAUCCUCUUAAAAGAAAAGCUGAUUUAACUUAAAUGUUUGAAUCCUGUGCAGUUCUUGUAUCCACCAAUAAAACAUUGUUUAUGCUA